UAUUUAGAUUAGGCAUUCCAUUAAUGCGGUAGACAGGCUCUGUGAUUUCAAUCACAAACGUAGGAUUCAUUCAUUCGCGCACGCCAACAGUCCCGUGCGUGAGUGACUGGCGACGGAAGUGUCCCCCCGCGCCCGGCGCCCUGCGCCCGCGCCUCGCUCGCUGUCAGCCGCGUCAGUGUCAUCAGUGUGUGUCAGUGCGUCCGCGCGACGGGACGCGUGUAGUGCUCGCGCCGGAGCCGGCGACAGUCAGCGAGACACGAUGAGCGCGCGAGCGGCGGCCUGCGCGCUGCUGGCGCUGUGGCUGUGCGCGCGCGGCGGCGCCGAGCGGGCGCUGCUGGCGCCGGCCGCCUACGAGCUGGAGUCCGCGCUGGAGCUGAACGACGCGGCGCGCGCGGACCGGGAGGUGGGCUACCGGCUGCGCGCCACGCUGCACGUCGACACGCCCUGGGCGCAGCCGCCGCACUACCUGCUGCGGCUCCGGUUGGAGUCUCCCAAGCUGUACCUGAGAGGCAAGCAUGUGAACGCAGACUUCAUGCCGUACGACUCCGUGUGGGACGAGUACAGUGACUCCACGUUCUAUGCGCACUGGACGAACGGGCUCAUCCAGACGGCCUACCUGGACACCAGCGACCUGCCUGAUGUGCUCAACUACAAGAAGGCACUGCUCAGUCUGUUUCAGAUCCAACAGUUGGAGGGAGAGCACAAUGAGACAGACUUGUCGGGCCCCUGUAUGGUUCAGUACGAGACCAUCUCUCCGCAGGUUUUCAGGAAGAUCAAGAUGCGGUGCUCGUGCGACGCAGGCGGCGUGAGCGCGCGGCGCGUGCUGCGCUACUCGCUGGAGCAGGGCCGUCUGCGCGAGCUGUACGCCGACGAGCUGCUGGCGCUGCCGCCCGCCGGCCUGGGCGUCAAGGCGCGCUCGUGGCACCGCCUGGCGGCCCCGCGCGCGGCGCCCGGGCCCCGCUCGGCCGGGCCCCAGCCCCCCGACCUGGCGGCGGCGCUGGCCGCGCUGCCCGCCUCGCUCGCGCCGCAGCCGCUGGCGCUGUCGUCGCCGCCCGCCGACGAUGACGUGGAGGAGCUGGGCGCGGCGCUGCGGGAAGAGAGCUCCUCACUCGCCAGCUCGGAGCCCGGCGCCGGCGGCACCGCGCCCGCCGCCCGCGCGCUGCUGCGCCUGCUGCCCGCCGCGCGCGCCGCCAACUCCUCCGCGCUGCUGCACCUGCUGCGCCGCGACGACGCGCUGCCGCUGCUGCCGGAGCUGUGCCGCGUGCUGGGGCUGGCGGGCACCCGCGCCGCGCACUCCGCCGUCGCCGACUUCCUGCAGCUGCACUCGCGCGACCCGCUCGCCGCGCUCGCCGACACCUACCUCGCCGCCUUCGCACUGGCGCCGCGUCCCGACGUGAGUAUAUACCCGCCGCGUGUGUGUCUGUACCCGCCCGUACCGCGCCUGUACCGCCCCCCGCGCCCGCAGGACUGGGCCGUGCAGGAGGUGCUGCGCCUGGGCGACGAGGCGCGCGCCGACACCGUGCGCGCCAGUGCGCUGCUGGCCGGCGCCGCGGCCGCACGUGCCGGCCCCCGCGCCGCCGCCGCGCGCGACCAGCUGGCGCGCGGCCUGGCGCGCUGCCGCGACGCCGCCUGCCGCGCGCUGCGCCUGCUGGCGCUCGGCAACCUGCGCCGCGCCGACUGCGCCGACCUGCUGCUGGAGCACGCCGAGCGCGCGGACGCGGCGUCACUGGCCGCCGUGACCGCGCUGGCGCGCCUGCCGCCCGCCGCGCUCACGUUCUCGCGGCUGGACCGGCUGAGCGCGCUGGCGCUGCGGGCGGGCGCGGCGCUGGAGCUGCGCGCGGCGGCGCUGGAGCUGGUGGUGGAUCGGCGCGCGGCAGUGCCCACGCCGCUGGCGAGCGUGGCGGCGGCGCUGCAGGCGGAGCGCGGCGCGGACGCGCACGAGCUGCGGCGCGUGCUGUGGGGGCGCGCGGAGGCGCUGGCGGCGGCGCCGGGGCGCGAGGAGCUGCGCGCGCUGCGCGGGCGGCUGGCGCCGGCGCUGCGCGGCUGGGACGCGCGGGCGGCGGGCGGCACGUCGGCGGUGCUGGCGCGGGCGCCGGGCUGGGGCGGCGCGGGCUGGCGCGCGGAGCUGCGCUCGGCGCAGGUGGCGCGGGCGGGGCUGCUGCGCCGCGGCACGGUGCGGCUGCUGUUCACCGACGACGAUGACGCGGAUGAAAUGUUCGACGCUCUCACUGUGGAGGUGUGGACCAAAGGCUUGGAAGCAUUCAGCGGCGCCAGCAGUGAGGACGCGGACAGCGGCGCCGGCAGCGAGGACGGCGGCGAGGAGGCGGAGGGCGGGCUGGCGCUGUCGGUGGGCGGCGCGCGCAUGCGCGACUUGCAGCUGUUCCGCGGGCAGGCGGAGCUGCUGGGGCACGUGUGGGCCGGCACCGCGUCCGCGCCCACGCCGGCGCUGCGCGCGCUGCUGCCGCUGCACGAGCACGCCGCCGCGCUGCCGCUGGCGGCCGGCGCCUGGGCGCGCGCACACACGGGCGCGGGCGCGGCGCUGGCGCUGGACGCGGCGGCCACGGUGUCGCUGUGGUGGCGCAGCGCGCGCGCGGAGCUGGCGGUGCGGGCGGCGGGCGCGGGCGCGGCGCGGCUGGCGGUGCGCGUGCGCUGGGCGGCGCUGGAGGCGCGCGCGGCGCUGGGCGCGGCGCCGCGGCUGCGGCUGGGCGCGGACCUGGACUUCUACUCGGGCGUGGCGCUGUGCGUGCGCGCGAGCUCGGCGCCGCACGCGCUGGAGCGCGAGGUCACGCUGUCCCUGCAGGCCGGCGCGCGGCGCCUGCGCGUGACGCGGCGGCGGCGCGAGAGCACGGCGCGGGCGGGGCGCACGCUGUCGCUGGGGCGCCGCAACGACGCCACGUGCCGCACGCUGCGCGAGCCGGACGACGCCGCCGAGCAGUAGCCGGCGCCGGCAGCCGCCGCAUCGCUACACCGCGCACCAAAGAUAGCUCCACUUAGUCACUUAGAAGAUUGAUACCAACGAGACGCCAAGUACAUUUAUAUACGUAGUCGACUGCAUUUAUUCGAGAUCUGAACGCCGAUCUAAGAACCUAUUUAUAUUUCUAUUUUUAUGAAGAAAAUUACUAUUUUUGAUUAAUGUUUAUUAAAAUAAUUAUGAAAUAUA